AUGAAGAUAACUGUAGGAAGCUGCUGUGUCCUUCUGACAGCUCUGCUGACCUUGAUACAUAGCUCUGCCCACUCAGCAGAAACAAUGGACUCUUUAUCACUGUUUCAUCAGUCAAGGCAUCUGCUGCAUUCAAAGGAUAAAGAUUCCAAUGAGGAUUCCAACCAUGAGGAUGGAAAGCACCAUCUUGAGCGGGAAGAUGUGAGAGAUAAAUUUAAGAUGACGAAAAGUCUUGAUGAGGAUGCGCUGUCUACAAAGAAGAUCGAGAAAGGCAAUCUGGGCUUCCUACAUGCUUUCAUUGCUUCGUUUUCUGUGAUCAUUGUGUCGGAAAUUGGAGAUAAGACAUUUUUUAUUGCAGCCAUCAUGGCCAUGACACAUUCACGACUGACUGUGCUGAUGGGAGCCCUGUUUGCUCUGUUUGCCAUGACUUUCCUAUCAGCGAUUGUGGGCUAUGCAGCAACGGUAGUGCCCAGGGCUCUAACAUACUAUGCAUCUUCGGCACUGUUUGCUGUGUUUGGCUUGAAGAUGUUGAGAGAAGGCUGGCUCAUGUCAGAAGAUGAAGGAAAGGAGGAGUACGAAGAAGUUCAGGCUGAUCUCAAAAGGAGAGAAAACGAG